UUCACGCGUAAUUUUUCUGCACUUGAGCUAAAACACACAUAUUUAUGAGAAAAAAAGUAAAAAUAAAAAAAAAAUGAAAAGAAACAAAAUUCAUAGUGAAAUAUAAGCGUUUUUGUACCAGAGGCCAGACAAUUGUUGAACAAGUACUUUGGGCCGCUUUAGUUAUCUGUUGCAACUCGCAAUGAACGGUGCGGUUUUUCUGAAAAAGGCUAAAUAAAAAAUAUUAAAAAAAGAAGAAAAUAUUAACAAAAAAUAAACAGAAUUUAAUAAACCUUUAAAUUUCAAGUGUUUGUGUGUUUAUUUUUUCAUAACGGUUUCAAGUUGCAACAUUGUGAAGCCUUUUUUAAUAUGUACGUGUUUGUUGUCAUCCUUGUAUAGUGUAUUGUUGCACGGUGUUGUAUUGUUUAACGGAGUGUUUGUUUAAAAAAAAAAAACUGUAUCCUUACUCACACUUAAACAUAGAUACAAACACACACUCACACUGUUGUUCAUUCUCUAAAAUAGAGAUUUACAUACAUACUUAUACAACUUGUAAACAAUGGCGACACCAGCUGAGCUGGCUCGCCUUAUUGACCUGCAUUUAUCAGAUUUACGUGACCCUGAGCCUAACUGGACAAUAGGCCCUUCAAAAGUGGCAGGACGUGGUGUAUUUGCCACACGCGAUAUACAACAGGGCGAAACUAUAUUUCGCGAGAGAGCAUUGGUUGUGGGGCCAACAGCACGUAAAGGUUCUAUAUUAAAUACUUGCGUCUGUUGUCAUAAAUUAUUGGGGGUCAAGGAUUUUUUAUGCAAAAACAAAUGCACACUACCAGUGUGUGAUAAAUGUGCCGAUUCGCCAGAACAUCACAAUGAAUGUCAAUUAUUUCAACGUUGGCAACCGAUGGAUAUGAAGCAGAUAAAUGCCAACAGAAACAACAAUACAACCAUUACCAGCAAUGGCAAGGCCAAUGGCGUUGGCAAUGGUAAAGUCAAAGGCAAGGGAAUUGCUAGGCAUAACAAUAACACGAACGGAUCGAAUGGUAAUGGUCUGGUAGCUGAUGUUCAUGAAAAAUCGCCCGAACUAGUAGAGCCAAAGCAGCAGACGGAGGAGCAGACAGAAGAUGAUUCUUAUCCUCCCGUAAACUCCAUGUCCUUACGCCUUCUAACCGCCAUACGUGUCUUCUUUCUCAAUGAGGAUCAACGCGCUUUAAUUAAUGCAAUGCAGGCUAAUAAUGAUCGGGGUUAUCGCCAAGAAAUUAUUAAAGCGGCUCAAUGUUUCCGUAAAUUUCCCACUACCGAUAAACUUUUUAUGGAUCGUCUCUUUCGCAAUGUAGGCGUGUGUAACACGAAUGCCUUUGAAACACCCUGUAGGGUAGGAGAACAUGAAACCCUACUUAGGGGUCUUUUCCCCCUAACCGCCGUCAUGAAUCAUGAAUGCACGCCCAAUGCUAGUCAUUAUUUUGGUAAAACCUGCAUGGUUUUGGUAAGAGCUGCUCGUUUUAUACCCAAAGGUGCAGAGAUUACGACAACAUAUACGAAAAUUUUAUGGAGUAAUUUAACAAGAUGUAUUUUCUUAAGAAUGACCAAAAAUUUUAUAUGUGAUUGUGUCAGGUGUAACGAUAAUACAGAAAAUGGUACCUACCUCUCAGCGCUAUUCUGUCGUGAAAAAAACUGUAAGGGUAUCGUGAUACCAGUGCAAACGAAAACCAUGCAACCUGAUUGGCGUUGUCUCACUUGCGAAGCAGUCUUUCCUCAUGCGAAAAUGGCGCGUUAUCAAGAUUUUGCCUUAAACACCAUUAAUAAUCGUAUAAAUGUCAGCAGUGUUAGCGAUAUGAUCACCUUUAUAAAUGAUGUCUGUCCCAGAUUUUGUCCCUCAACAAAUUAUGUGUUAGUCGAAGCCAAACUUAAUGUUAUAUGGCGCAUGUCGAAAGUGUCAAAGGAGGAAUAUACCGAAGAACAAUUGCAAUGUCGGGAUCGUUAUAAAGAGGAAAUAUUGGGUUUAUUGGAGAAACUAGGAGCUGGUGAUUGUACUUUAAGGAAACUCAUAACCGAACAAAUACAAUGAGAGUAAAUUAAGAACAUAAUGUGAUGUUAAUUAUAUUAACUAUACUUUGUAGUUGAAUAUUUAUGUUGUGUGAUUAGAAUUUUGAAAUAAAAAAUUAAUAAUUAAAAAAAAAGUAA